AUGCAUGCAAGAGAGACCAAAGAGGUUGCAAUGUUUAUUGCGAAAAUCCAUUUGUAUAUAGAUGAAACGUGUCGAGCUGAAAUGAUAAACACUAAUUUGGUUGAUGAAAAAUAUGUGCUGGAAUGUCGAAACAUAUCUUUCGUCAAAACCAUCAACGUUGGAAAAUGGUAUGCGCAAUUGUAUAAUCCACCGUUGCAUGCACAAUUUCUCAAUGAUGUCUCGUUGGAAGUUCACUCUGAUGAAAUACAUGGAAUUACUGGAGUGGCCGCUGAUCGCUUCAACAAGUUUUGCGCCUAUAUUUCCUUCAGUCAACCGUUAAUACCGACACUGACUGUCAAAUCAACACUCGACUUUUAUGCGGAACUGAUGAUUUCCGGUAUAGAUGAUAAACGUAAAAAGGAAAGAGUAGUAACAUUGAUGCAAGAUUUCGAUCUAAUUACAUAUGGUCACGUAAAGGUUAAGAGUCUCCGAAAGAGUGCUAAAAGACGUUUACUGUUCUGCAUAUAUUUACUCAGUGACCCGGUACUGAUACUUAUGGAUGAUCCGACAAAGGGUAUCGACGCUUUAUGUGGAUAUCAGUUGAUGUCAUUACUGAAUUCGUAUAUGAUACGUUACCACCGAAUGGCGAUUGUCUCGAUGAGAUAUCCCCGUUCGGAUAUUUAUCAGUUAAUGACUCGCAUCACGAUCCUCUUCUAUGGGCAAACUGUUUAUUCAGGAUAUAACAAACAAAUGCCGUAUUAUUUCCGUCAAAACGGGUAUCCAUGUCCGAACAACGAGAAUCCGGCCGUUUACUAUUUGUCAUUGGCAACAACAGAUCGAGAAACUUCGGAGCGAUACAACGAGACGCAAAAUCAAGCCAUUAAACUUAUUGAAUUGUUUAAGCAGUGCAACAUGCCUUCGCAACAACGACCACUAGAACCGUCAGUCAGUGAACCGAUUUAUCCAAACACUGGUCAUAUUCCAUUAUGCGUCCUCAAUAAGCCUGAUCUCUUCAUCAGAUUAUUCGCCUUAAUAAGGCGUAAUGUCGUCGUUUUAUUAUCAAUGUGCGAUGCAUUAUUAUGUCGAAUUAUAUUGCUACCUUUGUGUGCAUUGUGCAUUGCAUUUUACGGUAUUGAACUGCCUCAUCAAGGCCCCAAUAUGCCGUCGAGUUUGGCUGCGCUUUUCUUCAACUGCAUGUUGCUGUUCUCAUUUGCGGGCAUAUUUUGUGCUGUUAGCUCGUACUCAGUGUUAAGAUUGCAAAUGGCAUUCGAAAUAACGAACGGUUUAAUCAGCUCUGCAUUGGGAGUGCUAUCAUUUUUGAUCGCUUGCCUUCCCAUCGAUAUUCUCGCGAUUUCUACAUCAAUUUCAAUCCUCAUUUGGUUAAUAAAUCUAUCACCUGGACUGUUCGAUUAUGCGCUCAUAUCAUUUCUGAUAUGGUCUUCUUAUCAGAUAUCAUUCAUGACGACAGUUUCAUUGAUGAAUCUCAUUCGAAGUUCGUUUAAAGCAAUGUUCAUCUCACUGACAUUCACUGCUUCGUCAAUCGUCUACGCAGGAGCAUUUCUAAGGUCACCGCGUAGUUACGCAUCGAUCAGUUCCUCGAUAUAUUAUGGAGAGAGUUUUCCCUCAUCGAUACUUUGUCAUCAAACCGGUAUUAAGUGCACCUCAGUACUUUACGUGGUGGUUCCCCUCAGUCAUAAGUCCAAGAUGAGUCGGAAUUUUGGGCCUAAGUCGAGGUGGAAUAAUGGAAAAGAUUAUUUGGAUGAGAUCUACGCUGAAGAUGAAUACAGCAUGAAUAUGACACUUUGCUUGGUUGGUAUAAUAUUUUACAUGAUCAGUUUAAGCGUGAUUGUGAUCGUUUGCUAUCGUGGCUCAGUCGUUCGUGAUGACUGUAACAAAUUGAAACGAUAG